UUGCGUAUUAUCUUCACCUUUUUGUGAUUUUUUUUUUCUCCCAUUAGUUUCUACUAUUCUACCCCUUUUUUCUCUCUCUCGUCUCUUCUAUUGUCUUUGCAACACUGAAAAAACAAAGCCUUUUUAAGCCCCUUUUCUCUCUCACUUCCUUUUCUGCUUUUUUAUGUCAUGAACCAAAAAGUUUUUCUUUUUUUGUUUUGUAAAAAAAGUCAAGCAUGCAGAGAUACAUAUAACAAAACAGAAACAGACCCUCAAAACUAGGGUUUUGCUUGCUUAAACCAUUCUUUUAAGCUUCUGCUUUUGUAUUUGCAGCUAAGAGUGGUUUUAGAGAUACAGAAAAAGGUCCCCAUUUUUUCCUUUUUUUUUGGGUUUUAUUUUUAGGGUAGGGAGAGAAGAGGAAUUUUAAUCGGUACUGUUAUUUAAGGAAAGUAUAGAGAAGAGAAAGGCAAGAAGUACUAAACGGAAGCAAAAGUAAAGGGUGUUUUGCUUUCUUUCCUUCUUCUUCUUCUCUCUUAGAGUAAAAAUUAGAGAGGAAGUUGGAGACAUUUGGAUUCGUCCUUGUGUCUCCUCUACCUCUCAUAAUUUUUCUCCCCACUUUUCCUUUUCCUUACUCCUUAUUCUCUGUUCAUAGCUCAUUUUUAGCUUAAAAGAUACACUGAAUCUGUUAUAUAUAUACAAAAUAAAUACAGCUAAGUGCUUUGAGACUGUGUUGGUUUAUUUCAUGAAUUUUGGGGAUUUUCUUGAUAAUACUUCUGGUGGUGGUGGUGGCGGCGUUGCAAGAAUUGUUGCUGAUAUACCAUUUAAUAACAACAAUAGCAAUAGUAGCAACAACAGCAGCAACAACAACAACAACAACAACAACAUGCCCGCUGGUGCAAUUUCUCAACCACGUCUUCUUACUCAAUCUCUUGCCAAAUCCAUGUUCAACUCUCCUGGGCUUUCUCUUGCUCUUCAAACAGGCAUGGAAGGGCAAAGUGAGGUAACAAGAAUGGCAGAAAACUACGAGGGGAAUAACAGUAAUGGUAGAAGAAGUAGAGAGGAAGAACCAGACAGCAGAUCUGGAAGUGAUAACUUAGAAGGUGCAUCAGGUGAUGAUCAAGAUGCUGCCGACAAACCACCAAGGAAGAAAAGAUAUCACCGACACACUCCUCAGCAAAUCCAAGAACUUGAAUCUCUCUUCAAAGAGUGUCCUCAUCCUGAUGAGAAACAAAGGUUGGAGUUGAGCAAAAGGCUUUCUUUGGAGACUAGACAAGUUAAGUUUUGGUUCCAAAAUCGUAGAACUCAGAUGAAGACUCAACUGGAACGCCAUGAGAAUUCAAUACUAAGGCAAGAGAAUGAUAAGCUUCGAGCAGAAAACAUGUCAAUAAGAGAGGCAAUGAGAAAUCCAAUUUGUACAAACUGUGGUGGUCCAGCAAUGAUUGGUGAAAUAUCUCUAGAGGAACAACAUCUUAGGAUUGAGAAUGCUAGGCUGAAAGACGAAUUAGAUCGAGUUUGUGCACUUGCUGGCAAAUUUUUGGGGCGACCCAUUUCAUCUUUAGUUAACUCAAUGCCUCCACCAAUGCCUAAUUCAAGUUUAGAAUUGGGAGUUGGAAACAAUGGAUUUGGUGGUUUGAGCAAUGUACCAACAACACUGCCCUUAGCUCCUCCUGAUUUUGGUGUUGGGAUUUCAAAUUCUUUGCCAGUGGUGGCUUCAACUAGACAAACAACUGGAAUUGAGAGAUCACUUGAGAGAUCCAUGUAUUUAGAACUUGCUUUGGCUGCUAUGGAUGAACUUGUAAAAAUGGCACAAACUGAUGAACCCCUUUGGUUCAGGAGUGUAGAAGGUGGUAGAGAAAUACUAAACCAUGAGGAAUACAUGAGGUCAUUUACUCCUUGCAUUGGUAUGAGACCAAAUAGUUUUGUUUCUGAGGCUUCCAGGGAGACAGGCAUGGUUAUAAUCAAUAGUUUGGCUCUUGUUGAGACAUUAAUGGACUCAAAUAAAUGGGCAGAAAUGUUUCCAUGCUUGAUUGCUAGAACCUCAACAACAGAUGUUAUAUCAAGUGGUAUGGGGGGUACCAGAAAUGGUGCACUUCAGCUGAUGCAUGCUGAACUGCAAGUGCUUUCACCAUUAGUACCAAUAAGAGAGGUCAAUUUCCUGCGUUUCUGCAAGCAGCAUGCUGAAGGAGUUUGGGCUGUCGUUGAUGUGUCUAUUGAUACCAUCCGAGAAACUUCUAAUGCACCGACAUUUCCAAACAGUAGGAUACUUCCUUCUGGCUGUCUAGUUCAAGAUAUGCCCAAUGGCUAUAGCAAAGUUACAUGGGUAGAACAUGGCGAAUAUGAUGAGAGCGUGAUUCACCAUCUUUACCGGCCGUUGAUCAGUGCCGGGAUGGGCUUUGGUGCACAAAGAUGGGUGGCCACACUCCAACGUCAGUGCGAAUGCCUUGCAAUUCUCAUGUCCUCCACCGUAUCUUCAAGGGAUCACACGGCAAUAACUCCAAGUGGAAGAAGGAGCAUGUUGAAGCUAGCACAACGCAUGACAAACAACUUUUGUGCUGGUGUUUGUGCUUCAACGGUACACAAGUGGAACAAACUUUGUGCUGGUAAUGUGGAUGAAGAUGUCCGUGUUAUGACCCGAAAGAGCGUCGAUGACCCCGGUGAGCCACCGGGGAUUGUUUUAAGCGCUGCUACUUCCGUUUGGUUGCCGGUUUCCCCACAAAGACUCUUCGAUUUCCUCCGCGACGAACGUCUCCGGAGUGAGUGGGAUAUCCUAUCCAAUGGUGGUCCUAUGCAAGAAAUGGCUCAUAUUGCCAAAGGCCAAGAUCAUGGCAACUGCGUCUCCCUCCUCCGUGCUAGUGCUAUUAACGCGAAUCAGAGCAGCAUGUUGAUACUUCAAGAGACGUGCAUAGACGCGGCAGGAGCGCUGGUUGUUUACGCGCCAGUUGAUAUCCCGGCAAUGCAUGUGGUGAUGAACGGUGGUGAUUCUGCGUACGUGGCUUUGCUCCCUUCGGGAUUCUCGAUUGUACCCGACGGCCCAGGAUCUCGUGGGUCUAAUACUGCCAAUUGUGGGUCCAAUGGGCCAUCAUGUAAUGGGGGCCCAGAUCAAAGAAUUAGCGGGUCGCUCUUGACGGUAGCUUUCCAGAUAUUGGUGAAUAGCCUCCCUACAGCCAAGCUUACAGUGGAAUCAGUUGAGACAGUCAAUAAUCUUAUAUCAUGCACUGUUCAGAAGAUUAAAGCUGCCCUUCAUUGUGAAAGCUAAUUGGAAGAAGGAUCACACGUGCUUUUCACGUGAUGAUGAUCUGACUUGGGGCAUACCGCCCUUUCCUUUUUUAAUUUUUUUUGUUUUAUAAUAUAUAACUUAACUAGUAAAAAAGAGGUGCUAUUGUGUUUAGUUGAUGGGGGCUGAGUCAAGAGCUCGAGCAGAAUUGGAGGCUGAGUCAAGAACGAACCGCGCUUAACCGACCGUUGCUAGGUGGUAAGGGCCGGCAUGGACCAGAGCGGUUCAAGUAGCCUAAGGUUAUAAUUUUGGUUCUUAACACAAAGCAAAGGUGGUGGUUCGGGUAUUGACUCAGGACCUAAGUGUAUGUUUCAAGCUGUGGUGAAAAGAGAAGGGUAAGUAUGAUUUCAAAAUAUGGAAUUUUCAAUUUGGGCAAUUUGUGUGACAGCAAUGUCAAUUAAAGCAGCAAUGGUUUGUUUGAUCAUUUUAUAGUUGUUUGUUUGAUGGGGAGUCAUAAUGGCUCUUUUGUUUGGUAUGGUGGGGGACUAAUCUAGUAUUGUACGUUAUCUUAAUUGACUUUAACGCCACUGUCUUUGUCUUGUUUAUUUCUUGGCCAAUAUGGUCUAGGUUCACAUCUGAUCACAACUGCAAAUGUUUUUUCUUUACCUUUUGCAAGUUAAAGUUGUAAUAUAUCUCUCUCUAAUAAUAAGUUCAAUUUUCCUUUAAA